AAUUCUCAUUUCUCAAGCAACUCCUUGAAACUCUCUUUACGUUGAAAAAAAAAAAAGCAUGGGGCAUGAACUAGGGAACGAUGAGAUAGAACAGCUGGCUGAGACAGGGAGAAACCUCAGGUCAUCUUUCCGCCAGUUCUCUUCAAGCUUCAGGAGUGCUACCUCCGUUAUCGCUGAGUCGUCGUCGUUGAGAGAAAAUAACGACGAUGAGGUGGAGUUGCAGUGGGCUGCAAUUGAGAGAUUACCCACUUCCAAGCGCCUAAGAACGUCAUUGUUCGAUCACAAGCUUUUAAAUGAUAGCAAAGAAGAUGAUGGUAUAAUUGGCAGAAAGGUGAUAGAUGUUGCAGAGCUUGGAGAUUUAGAACGCCGCGUUUUCAUCGAGAAACUCAUUACCAGAAUUGAGGAUGAUAAUCUCCGCCUCUUGAAGAAACUGGAAGAAAGAAUACACAGAGUGGGGUUGGAAUUGCCAACCAUUGAAGUGAGAUUCCAGAAUCUGUCUGUGGAAGCAGAAUGUGAAGUAGUUCAAGGAAAACCCAUCCCUACUCUUUGGAACACCAUCAGCAGUGUAUUCUCUGCUUUGACAAAAGUUAGCAGAUGCAAGUCCCAAUCACACAAGAUAAAAAUUCUCAAAGAUGUCAGCGGCAUCAUUAAGCCCUCAAGGAUGACUCUACUGCUUGGCCCUCCAGGCUGUGGAAAGACCACUUUGUUGCAGGCACUUGCUGGGAAGCUUAACCCAUCUCUCAAGGUCACAGGGGAACUAUCCUACAAUGGUUACAACUUCAGGGAGUUUGUCCCUCAGAAAACAUCAGCUUACAUAAGUCAAUAUGACCUACAUAUUACUGAAAUGACUGUAAGAGAAACACUUGACUUCUCAGCUCGUUGCCAAGGCAUUGGUAGCAGAGCAGAUUUGUUAAAAGAAGUCAGUAGAAGGGAGAAGCAAUCUGGCAUUGUCCCAGAACCAGAUAUAGACACGUACAUGAAGGCAAUUUCUAUUGAAGGAUUAAAAAGAACUCUCCAGACAGACUAUAUAUUGAAGAUUCUUGGAUUGGACAUUUGUGCCGAUACUAUAGUAGGAGAUGCAAUGAACAGAGGAAUCUCAGGUGGUCAAAAGAGAAGGCUGACAACAGGGGAAAUGAUAAUUGGUCCAAAGAAAGCUCUCUUUAUGGAUGAAAUAUCAACUGGCUUAGACAGCUCUACCACCUUCCAAAUAGUUACCUGCCUACAGCAACUAACCCACAUUACAGAGGCCUCACUUUUAAUAUCACUUCUUCAACCGGCACCAGAGACAUUUGAUCUCUUUGAUGACAUUAUUCUAAUGGCAGAAGGAAAGAUUGUAUACCAUGGACCAUGCAGUUCUGUUCAAGAGUUCUUUGAACAUUGCGGUUUUAGGUGCCCUCCACGAAAAGGCGUUGCUGACUUCCUCCAAGAAGUACUUUCUGAAAGGGAUCAAGCGCAGUACUGGUAUCGUAAAGACCAACCUCAUAGUUAUGUUUCUGUGGACAACUUCAUGGUUGCAUUCAUGAAGUUUCACUCAGGGCAGAAGCUAAAUAACGAACUCUGUACACCUUUCAAUAAAUGUGAGAGCCAUAAAAGUGCCUUGUCAUUCAACAUCUAUUCAUUGGGAAAAUGGGAAUUACUCAAAGCAUGUAUGGCAAGAGAGUGGCUUCUCAUGAAGAGAAACUCAUUUGUUUAUGUCUUUAAAUCAACUCAGCUUGUAGUUAUUGCACUGAUAACAAUGACGAUCUUUAUUCGCACUCAGAUGAAACUUGACAUGGUCCAUGCAAGCUAUUACCUAGGUUCCCUGUUUUAUGCACUCAUAAGACUUAUGACGACAGGAAUUGCAGAGUUGGCAUUAACCGUUUCCAGACUUUCAGUAUUCUAUAAGCAAAGAGAUUUCUACUUCUACCCAGCAUGGGCUUAUUCCAUUCCAGCUGCUAUUCUAAAGAUUCCAUUUUCAUUGCUAGAUGCUUUUCUGUGGACAGCUCUUACAUACUAUGUGAUUGGUUACAGUCCUGAACCAGAAAGGUUCUUCCGCCAACUCCUCCUCCUUUUCCUUGUUCAUCAAGUGGCAGUAUCACUAUUCCGUUUGAUUGCAUCAGUUGUUAGAGAUCCACCUUUUGCAGCAAAUUUUAGUCUUUUUACGUUAUUGGUGAUAUUUUUAUUCAGUGGCUUCAUAAUUCCACGACCUUUACUACCGGCUUGGGUCGAAUGGGGCUUUUGGCUUUCACCACUUGCAUAUUCUGAAAUAGGUGUUGCAGUAAACGAAUUUCUGGCUCCAAGGUGGCAAAAGGUUUCAUCUUCAAAUGUGACCUUAGGACAGCAAGUUCUAGAAAAACGUGGGUUAAACUUCACUGACUACUACUAUUGGAUAUCAGUAGGAGCAUUGAUAGGAUUCUGGGUGAUUUUUAACAUUGGAUUCACCUUCGCAUUGAGCCUUUUAAAGUCUCCAGGGAGUUCUCGGGCUAUUAUUUCACAUGAAAGAUUUUCUUACCUAAAAGAAAAAGAGGAUUUGAGAGCCAAAGUUCCGGGAAAAGAACUGCUUACUGUUGACUCUCUAAAAGCUCAAGAAGAAACAAAAGUUAUAGGGAUGGUUUUACCUUUUGAGCCCAUGACGAUAUCAUUUGAGAAUGUGCAAUACUUUGUUGAUACUCCCAAGAAACUGAGAGAGCAAGGGCUUCCACAAAAAAGACUACAGCUACUUCAUGAUGUUACCAGUGCAUUUAGGCCGGGAAUUCUUACAGCUUUGAUGGGUAUUAGUGGAGCAGGAAAAACAACACUAAUGGAUGUACUUUCUGGGAGAAAAACCGGUGGUCAUAUUGAAGGGGAGAUAAGAAUUGGAGGGUACCCCAAAGUCCAAGAGACAUAUGCCAGAAUAUCAGCUUACUGUGAGCAAACUGACAUCCAUUCUCCACUGAUUACGGUAGAGGAAUCAGUGAUGUACUCAGCUUGGUUACGUCUGCCAAACGAGAUUGAUAAGCAUAAACGAUUGGAAUUUGUAGCAGAGGUUCUUCAAAUGAUUGAGUUGGAUGAAAUUAAAGAUGCUUUAGUUGGCAUCCCUCGUGUAAGUGGAAUAUCACCGGAGCAGCGUAAACGGCUAACUAUAGCAGUAGAACUUGUUUCGAAUCCAUCUAUAAUAUUUAUGGAUGAACCCACUUCCGGUUUAGAUGCCAGAGCAGCUGCAAUUGUCAUGCGAGUUGUGAAGAAUAUUGUUAACACAAAGAGGACAAUUGUAUGCACCAUUCAUCAGCCAAGUAUAGACAUAUUUGAAGCAUUUGAUGAGCUCAUUUUGAUGAAAAGAGGAGGACAAAUGAUAUAUGCUGGAGAACUGGGUCAGCAUUCAAGUAGGCUUAUCGAAUACUUUGAGGGUAUACCUGGAGUACCAAAAAUUAAAGAAAACCAUAACCCAGCAACGUGGAUGUUAGAAGUCACUACUCCUUCUGCAGAGGCUCAACUUGGAAUAGACUUUGCUUGUCUCUAUAGAGAAUCUCAUCUCUACCGGAGAAACAAAGAAAUAGUCAAAAGCCUAAGCCUUCCAGCACAGGGUUCAGAGCAACUUCAUUUUUCUACACCCUUUCCACAAAAUGGAUGGGAGCAACUCAAAGCUUGUCUUUGGAAACAACACUUGUCCUAUUGGAGAAGUCCCAAAUACAACUUAGUGCGCUUGGGAUUUACUGUUUUAUCUUCUUGGUUAUAUGGAGCAUUGCUUUGGCAGAAAGGACAGAACCUACAUGAUGAGCAGAAUUUUUUCAACAUAAUGGGAUCGAUGUAUGUUUUCAUGAUAUUCACCGGAAUAAGCAAUUGUUCAUCUGUUCUUCCAUUCAUAGCUACUCAGAGGACAAUUGUCUACCGCGAAAGAUUUGCCAGAAUGUACUCCUCAUGGGCAUAUUCAUUGGCACAGGUGAUUAUUGAGAUUCCAUAUAUCUUUCUUGAAGCAGUAUUAUUCCUGACAAUCACAUAUCCGGCUGUAAACUUCUAUGUAUCAGCUUACAAAGUAUUUUGGUACUUCUACACCAUGUUUUGUACACUGCUCUAUUACAAAUAUUUAGGCAUGAUGCUGGUUUCUUUGACUCCAACUUACCAAGUGGCUACAAUAUUUGCUAGCCUCUGUUACACAUUGAUGAGCUUAUUCUCAGGGUUCCUCAUACCAGGACCGCAAUUCCCUAAAUGGUGGGUUUGGGGCUACUGGAUUUGCCCAACUUCGUGGUCCCUGAAAGGUCUGCUGACUUCACAAUAUGGAGAUAUAAAGGAAACAAUCAUAGCAUUUGGAGAGCAAAAAGCACUAAAUGCCUUCUUGGACAGCCAGUAUGGGUAUAAACAUCAAGAUUUACCUAUCAUAGCCAUUGUACUGCUUGCUUUCCCACUUGUCUUUGCAUCUGUUUUUACAUAUGGUAUAGCUAAACUAAACUAUCAAAGAAGAUAA